AUGUUCGACGACUACUACGAGCCCGAGGACUCCGGCAGAGGCCGCCCUCCGCUCGUGCACGCCUUGACCGAGUCCAUCGGCCCCUGCGCUCACUACGACGAGGACGAUCUGAUGUGCGAGUUGUAUACCGUCGACAGCGUGGUGUGGGUGACGUUGAUCGUGCUGUCGGAGAGCCCCGAGGGCGCCACCCACAUCGCGACCGUCGCGAAGCAGCCGAGCUUCCUCGCGAGCGUGGCGGAGAAGCUCGAGGUGGACUCUGCUGGGCUCCACUUUGUCGAGCAGCCCUCCACGGCGGGCCCGGUGCGCGUCGACGCGCCAUCGCCGCCGCCUCUGCAGCGGCUGCUCCGCGGGCAGAGGAGCGAGGUCGAGAUCCUGGACGCGACCUUCGACUUCGUCGACCUCGCCGAUCACGCCCUGCCAGAGCAUCGAGAGGCGUGGAGGGCUUCCGGGGAGGCGGAGAAGAUGAGGCUGGAGGCGGCAGAAUUGCUGGCGAUACUCGAGCAGCUGAGAGACGAGGAGAGGUCGGGCACGGUGUCCAAGGAGAAGUUCCGCGCGUAUGCCGAGAGAGAGAGGGCGCGGGGCUCCGGCGGGAGGCUCCGCUUCGCCCCCGGCGACCGCGUGCGGUGCAAGAUCCGCCUCCAGGACGGCAGCGAGUUUGCCCCGACCGGCCGGGUGACGCAGCUCCGGCCGGUCGGCGCGGGGCAGGGCGCGCCCUACCAGGUGCUGCUCGACGACGGCCGGUACGUGUACCCGCGGGAGGACGACGACGAGUACAUCAAGAAUGCCACCGGGCCGCCGGGCAGGCGGGCCGCCGACCUGUGCUUCGUGGCGGGGUAUCAAGCAGGCCUCGGCGGGCGGGCGGUGCUCACGGCGGAGGAGGUGGAGGCGCUGCUCUCGGGCGAGGGCCUGGACUUGUUGCGCGACGUCUCCGAGACGUUUAACGACUGCGAGACCCGGAUGUUUCCGGAUGUUUCCGGAGGAGGCGCCACCUUGCUCCGAGGUUUUGUGGUUCGCUGCCGGGCGGCGGUCCUCCUCCCCGGGGAGCCGCUGUACGCGCCGGCGCGCAUCGUCGGUGUCCACAAGUCGGAGGCGCGGCUCGAUCUGGACAUCCACAUCGACGGCAAGGCGCGGCUCGUGCGUGGCGUGCCGCUGUGGCGCCUCUCCAACGCGAUCGGCGCGAAGGAGGCGAGCCUCCUGCCGGGCCCACAGAGGAUUCAAUUCCGUGUAUUCGAUCCGGCGUACAUCGAUUACACGAGAGUGCGUGCCGUCGCGUUGGCGCUCUCCUGCGGCGAGGGUGCGGAGCGGCUCGAUCGGCUCGUCGUGCGGAGGACGAGCGCGCGAUCGGGCGUCGCCGCCAUCGACAAGUGGCGCGAGCUGCUGAUGCGCGCGGGCGUGUGCGAGGACGAGCCCGCCGCGGGCGACACCAGGCCGGUGACUGUCGGCGAGUACUCGCACCACGCCAUCCUCUACUCGCGCUUGCACGGCGCGCACGAGGCGCUGGUGGACUUUCUGAUCGAGAUCACCGACCCCGGGAUGGAGAACGCGGAGGUGUGGCAGCGCUGGCUCGUUGAGCGGUACGACGAGUGGCCCCUCGAGCGGCGCGGCGUGGCGGUGGAGUGGCUGGAGUGGCUGCUCCGACCCGACGAGCGGCGGGCUGGCUUCCCCGCUCUGUGCGGGUUUAUCGCGCACGAGAAUGGCCUGUCGCGCGAGGAGCACAUUGCCCGCGACGACCCCGGUCGCUUCAGCCUAGUGAGGGCGGCGGACGACGCGCUGAGCGGGUGCGUACACGAGCUCGUAGAGGACGGCAAGAUGGAGAGUCUGCCAGCCAUGGGCUCCCCCGGCUGCGCCAUCUGCCCGCGUGUGGUGCGGAGCUGCGCAAGGUGGGCGCAGCUGCGCCCGUGCGGGCACUGGUUGGUGGACGUAGAUGCGGAAGACGCACAUCCCUGA